CGUUUCGCCAAACACACAACAGCAGAAGAUAUAAACAAUAACCCCGAGCAUUUGGUGUUUGAUUUUAUUAGAGAUCGGCGAGGGGUUUCAGUUGCAAGCUAUUGGCAAUGGGAGUGCCAGCGUUCUACAGAUGGUUAGCGGAGAAGUAUCCGCUGAUUGUGGUGGACGUUAUAGAGGAAGAACCGGUGGUUAUCGACGGCGUCUCCAUUCCGGUUGAUACCAGUAAACCCAAUCCAAAUAAACUCGAGUACGAUAAUCUUUAUCUCGACAUGAACGGGAUUAUCCAUCCUUGUUUCCACCCCGAAGACAGGCCUUCACCAACAACUUUUGAUGAAGUUUUUCAAUGCAUAUUUGAUUACAUUGAUAGAUUGUUUGUUAUGGUCCGUCCUAGAAAGCUUUUGUAUAUGGCUAUUGAUGGCGUUGCCCCUCGUGCUAAAAUGAAUCAACAGCGAUCUAGGCGAUUUAGAGCAGCAAAAGAUGCUGCAGAGGCGGCAGGUGAAGAAGCACUACUGCGAGAGGAGUUUGAGAGGGAGGGCAGAAGACUUCCUCCUAAAGAGGAAUCUCAGCUUUUUGAUUCUAAUGUUAUUACACCUGGCACUCCAUUUAUGGGUGUUCUGUCAAUUGCUUUGCAGUACUAUAUCCACCUUAGAUUAAAUUAUGACCCUGGGUGGAAAAAUAUCAAGGUUAUUCUAUCUGAUGCAAAUGUUCCUGGUGAAGGAGAACAUAAAAUUAUGUCAUAUAUACGUCUCCAAAGAAACCUUCCUGGUUUUGAUCCAAACACACGCCAUUGCCUAUAUGGUUUGGAUGCUGAUUUAAUAAUGUUGGCCUUGGCCACUCAUGAAGUUCACUUUUCAAUCCUUCGAGAGAUUGUCUUCACCCCUGGACAAGAUAAAUGCUUCCUAUGUGGUCAGAUGGGCCAUGUAGCGGCAAAUUGUGAAGGAAAGGCAAAGCGGAAGGAUGGGGAAUUUGAUGAGAAAGCUGAUGGAAAAGAUGUAGCCAGAAAGCCAUACCAGUUUCUGAACAUAUGGACACUUAGGGAGUACCUGGAAUAUGAGAUGAGAAUCCCUAAUCCUCCUUUUGAUAUUGACUUGGAACGCAUAGUGGACGACUUUAUAUUCAUAUGCUUCUUUGUUGGCAACGAUUUCUUACCUCAUAUGCCUACACUAGAGAUUCGUGAGGGUGCAAUCAACUUGUUAAUGGCAGUUUACAAGAAGGAAUUCAGGUCGUUUGGUGGUUAUUUGACUGAUGGAUGCAAGCCAAAUUUGAGCAGGGUAGAGCAUUUUAUCCAAGCCGUGGGAUCCUAUGAAGAUAAAAUAUUCCAGAAAAGAGCACGUUUGCAUCAGCGUCAAGCAGAGAGAAUCAAACGAGAAAAAGGACAAGCUAGAAGAGGAGAUGAUGCACAACCUGAAGUUCAACCUGAUUCUUUGGUUCCAGUUUCUAGAUUUCAUGGUUCUCGUCUUGCCUCUGGCCCUUCACCUGCUCCAUUUCAGCAAACAAUGGAGUCUAGUGGUAAUGGAUCCUCUGGUCGGCCACAAAAAGUGCGGCGUUUAUCAUCAGGGGCCACUAUUGGUGCUGCCAUUGUUGAAGCAGAAGAUAUUAUUGAAACAAAUGCACAUGAGAACAAAGAAGAACUGAAAGCAAAACUUAAAGAGUUGAUCCGUGAAAAAUCUGAUGUUUUUAACUCCCAAAAUCACGAGGAAGAUAAGAUUAAACUGGGAGAGCCAGGGUGGAAAGAAAGGUAUUAUAAAGAAAAGUUUUCAGCAGAAACUCCAGAAGAAAUGGAAGAAAUACGGAAAGAUGUUGUUUUGAAGUUCACAGAAGGUUUAUGUUGGGUCAUGCAUUAUUAUUAUGAAGGUGUUUGUUCAUGGCGGUGGUUUUAUCCUUAUCAUUAUGCUCCCUUUGCAUCUGAUUUUAAGGAUCUUGGCCAGCUAGAUAUUCAUUUUGAGAUAGGUUCCCCUUUCAAGCCAUUCAAUCAGUUAUUGGGUGUUUUUCCUGCUGCUAGUUCCCAUGCACUUCCCAUAGAAUAUAGGAAGUUGAUGACUGAUCCGAAUUCACCCAUUAUUGAUUUUUAUCCAACCGAUUUUGAAGUUGACAUGAAUGGAAAGCGAUAUUCAUGGCAGGGUAUUGCAAAGCUGCCUUUUAUUGAUGAAGAGCGCCUUCUUGCUGAGGUUGCAAAAAUAGAACAUACUUUGACGGGGGAAGAAGCACAGAGAAACAGUACAAUGUAUGACAUGCUUUUUGUGGCAGCUUCACACCGUCUCUCAGAGCAAAUCUUUUCUCUUGACAAUCGUUGUAAACAAUUGCCAGAAAGGCAACGGAUUGAAGUCGAGGAGGAAGUCAAACCUGAUUUGAGGUCUGCAUGCAGUGACGGGAUGAAUGGUUACAUAUCCCCUUGUGCUGGAGAAACACAGCCUCCUAUUUUCAGGUCUCCAAUCAAGGACAUGGAAGAUAUUUUGGCCAAUGAAGUCAUAUGUUGUAUAUAUAGACUCCCCAAAGCUCAUAAGCAUAUCACCCAUCCUCCACCAGGAGUUGCUUUCCCUCCUAAGAUGGUGCAAUUCAGUGAUUUAAAACCCGAACCUGUUUUAUGGCAUGAAGAUUCUGGGAGGAGACCUUGGGAUGGAAAGCAGGUUGCAGCUGGUCAUCAUACGGUUAGGCGUAACCUGUCAGGAUCUAUUUCUGGCCAUAAGCUCGGGGAUGCGUCACACAGACUUAUUACUAAUAGCUUACAGGUGAAGAUGGAUCGUAAUGGGUUCAACAAUAAUAUGCAGGCUCCUCCAUCAUUAUAUGCCGGUGGUCCCUAUAAUAACCAACCGGUCUAUUCCCAUGUAAAUUAUGGGUUUCAUAACCAGGGACAGUCUGGUAUGGUUCCUAGACAAGAUUAUCCUGGAGUGGGUCACCAAUUUUCUCAUAAUCCACCUUCACAACAUCCAAAUUCCCACAGCUACCAUAACUACCAAAUAAAUAACCAAGUAGUUGCCAAUAACAUGCACUACCCUCCAAGACAUCAUCAGAGUGGUGGAUCGAGGCACAUUCCUAUUGCACAAAUGUCAACUGAGGCUGAUAUAUACCCUUCUCAUCCAGGCCGUUACGAUGGCAACCGCCGGUACCAGGGACCUGAAAACAGUAGCUGCUAUCAGCAGUGGGGUGGUAGAAUGGUUCCCCAGGCCGACCAAAAUGUUUCUGGAGGGUAUGGCUUCUAUCAACAGGGUGGAUUUAACCAGGAUUUCCAUAGAGGGCAUGACCAGCAGCAACAAAGAGGUAUCCAAUCACAACACCACCAUCAUAGGGGAGAGUAUGAAGAAAGAGGAAGCCAGCCAUACAGGGACAAUCAACAGUAUUGUGGCGGCAACCAACAGCAAAGGGGGGAUAAUCAACAACGGAGAGGAAACCUGUAUUCAGCAUUAGACAGGAGAGGUCAUUGGAGGCCCCCCAACCACUGAAAGGUCCUCUAACCGCUAUUCUCUAGUUCGAUGUUUGUUGUACAAUACUUGUGCAAGUGGCUAGGUCGAUAAUUGUUGUUGAGCAUUGUAUAAUGUUGCUUUGUUUUCUUUGUUUACUUGUCUUCUUGCCUAGAUUUUUCCUCCUGUUAGAUUGUACCCUUAUAAACUUCCAAGGUGGAGGUUUUUUACUCCAUUUUGGUGAUUUCGCUUCUUUUAUAAGUGACACUGUACUAAUAAAUGUCUUCAAUAAUAUUGGUCUUUAUUAUGUUUAAGUA